AUGCCUCCAUCAGCCAUGCGGUCUGGCAUGUCCAUGUCUCCGCCAUUGUUCGAUGCGAGCGGUCGACAGCGACCGCCCAGAGAUUCUCUCGGGGAUACGGCAGAGCGUCGGGUUUUGCCUUUGCGGGAAUUGACCGACGAGACGAUUGACGACGCGUACGUGGCUUUUAUCCUGUACUGCAACCCGAAUGUUCCCUCAUCCGUCGAUACAACCGAGCUCCGGAAGAGCUUCCGGUCACCGCCUCGCAGUGACGGGAAGAGUUUUAGCAUUUAUACUCUGUGGGAGCUCAUCCGGAAGCUGGACCGCAAAGAGCUGAAGACAUGGAUCCAACUGGCCAUCGAGUUGGGCGUGGAACCGCCGUCGCUGGAGAAGAUGCAGAGCACGCAGAAGGUGCAGCAGUAUGCGGUUCGACUGAAGCGAUGGAUGCGUGCGAUGCAUGUUGAUGCCUUUUUCGAAUACUGUCUCGGCCAUCCCCACAGCUACUAUAUGAGGCUUCCGUCCGCGAGCGGUCCUGCGAGCGAAAGCCGCGAUGGAGUGCCGUUAGAGGAGGACUUGGCCCUUCGCGCUCUUGUUCCGGAGUGGAAGCCCAAACGGGGCAGAAAGCGCGCCGAGGAUAAAGAAAGCGAGGAUGGACAGGCUGCAAAACGUCCGCACCUGGACACGUCGGUGGGCCUGCUGGACAACAAUCCGCUGGCGACGCAUGCUGCCAAUUUCCCGCCCAGCGCCAUUCCGUUUAGUGCCUUUCCGGACGAUAUGGAUAUUACAGACCCGUGGGCAGCGGCCGCAUCUUCCUUUGCCUCGGAUGGACAGGGAGUGGACCCGCUGGGCGGCCAGGAGCUGCGCUGGCGGUCUCUCGAUCGCGAGGCCUCACCGGCAGGCUAUCCACGGUCGGCAAUCAUCCCAAGACAGCACAAUCCGGCGGAUAUGCUGGCGACGAGCGAGCCGCGGUCGGCAGUGACACCGUCGUCGCGAGAACGGAGUCGCACGCGGCGGCGACGUGGGCCGGCAGUAUCAUCGGCGUGGCCGAGCAGUUCAGGAUCCGUGACGGGCAAGGUGCGAGGACGGCCGCCGAAUCGAGGCUCGGCGCCUGGGGGGCCUUUCUCGUCGUUUCCCGCGAAUCCAGCGCGGUCGAACACGCCAGGCGAUAAUGCAAGCAUGCGCUCGUCGCCGGCUGUUACGGCCGAUAAUAACCAGCCCGGGCCCCAAAACAACCAGACCCAAAACAACCAGACUGCAGGGUCAGGCCGACCGCUCACUCGGCCCAGCAAGCUGCAGUUGCAGGUGCCUGAGAAUACGGGUAGACCGAUCCGGCUGGCGACGCCGCCGACGCUGCUAGUGAACGGGACGGAUGAGAUUUCGUCGGGGUUUCCACCGAACGGGCGCGAAUCGACGGGGUCGAAUGUCGAUAUCGAUGGCGGGCAGGCUGGCAGGCCAUCACUUGAAGACGUGACGAGGAUGCUGGCAGGGAGGAUUCUCCAUGCGAACGUAGUCGGCCGGUCAGCACCGAUCGAAGCAGACGAAGCUCGGGGCCUGGCGCGCGCAGCCGUGGAGCGGUUGCGAGGGAUGUAUUUGGGGGUACCACUGGACUUGGUAUCCAUUAUAUGUGCGAUAUUUGGUGUGGGCGUGGGCCAAAACGUGCGGCCAGGGUCGUUGACCGUAAAGGUUGCGAACGGGUCGUCGACUACGACAGCUGUUGAGAAUGAUGGCUCAGUCGGGCAAUCCGGGGGACGACCGACACAGACGUAUACCCUGACUGUGGACCGGUCGGCUCCUGGACUCAGGUUCAACAGCGAGCUCAGCGAGCUAUCACUCUCACCUGAGAACGGACCCUCGAAACAGGACGAGAUCGACGCGCUGAAAAACGGCACUGGUGCCGACGAAGCUGCUGAAGAUUUCGACAUCCCUCUGACAGACGACGAACUCGACAACAAUAACAAUAACAACACUGACGGAGGAAACGACGCAACAUGGAAACAGCGAUACCUGCGCCUGCGGCAAACGAUGCAGAAGAAAGAGGCCGCGCUGCGCGAGUACAAGCGGAACAUUCUGCAGGCGGUGAUGGCAGAUAUAUAA